AUGGCGCCUUUGGCUGAUAGCAUUUACGGCGCACAUGGACUCUCAAUAGUCAACCAGAAUCGGCGAACCUUACCUGGACCACGGCUCCUCCACGAAUUGGUCGCGGCGCCAGCCAAGGAUGGAUUGAUCCUUGAUUUCUUGCUCUCGACUGGGGCGCGCGUGGAACUCUCCUAUAGCCGUUUCCACUGCUUGACAGAUGCACUUGCCAGAGAUAUCAGGGAUCGGUUACCGAGCAAGCAGGCCGACAAGCAUGUCAUUCCAGUCGUCAUACCACAAUGCCCGGAGCUUUAUAUUGCCUGGGUGGCUGUAUUAAAAGCCGGAGCAGCCUUUUGCCCGGUCAGCCACGAUGUGCCCCCAGAAAGACUAAAAUUUAUUGCCAGAGAUGUCGAGUCGUCUCUGGUGCUGACCACAUCUAGCACAACUGGAUUCGUCCGACAGGUACUCCCAGACCUCAGAUGUAUGUCUCUAUCAUUAGAAGGCCUCGAUGACAGGGCAGCUUCUCUCGAAAAGGAUGGCACGGCAUCUCACUGUCUUCCCGAUGUCCGUUCUAACGGACCGGCCUAUGUGAUGUACACCUCGGGCUCCACCGGCAUGCCCAAAGGCGUUAUGGUAUCACAUCUGUCGGUCACACAGUCACUACUUGCUCACGACGAACAUAUACCCCAUUUUAAGCGAUUUCUCCAGUUUGCCUCGCCUACAUUUGAUGUAUCAAUAUUUGAAAUCUUUUUCCCAUUUUUUCGAGGUGUGACAUUGGUUGGGUGUGAUCGUGAGCGCAUGCUUUCCAAUCUUCCUGCUACAAUUCGACUGCUUGAUGCAGAUGCUGCCGAACUCACCCCCACUGUGGCAGGGGCCUUGUUAAGGAGCAGAAAGGCAGCGCCGUGCCUGAAAGUGCUGUUAACAAUUGGAGAAAUGCUGACACCGCAAGUGGUCUCAGAAUUUGGGGGAAGCGCGGAUAGACCGAGCAUGUUGUACGCAAUGUAUGGGCCCACGGAGGCCACAAUUCACUGCACUCUGGCGUCCAGGCUGGCGUCCAAUGCCUCGGUGCGCAGCAUUGGGCGACCUCUGAAGACAGUGUCCGCAUUUGUAUUGAAGGAGUCGGAUCAGCUCCAAAUAGCACCCAUUGGCGAGUCUGGUGAACUUGCUAUUGCCGGUCAACUCGCCGAUGGGUAUCUGAACCGGCCCGAUCAGAACAACCUGGCGUUUGUGCACCUACCUGGCUACGGGCCUAUUUACCGGACCGGUGAUCGGGCCAUCUGCCGUCAUGACGGCCAAUUAGAAAUUCUUGGACGCAUGGCUUCUGGCCAGGUCAAACUCAGGGGCCAAAGAGUUGAGCUGGGAGAGAUAGAAGAGGUUGCGUCGAAGACACCCGGGGUCCAGCUUGCCAUCGCAAGCAUCAUCGACGACGUCUUAGUCCUAUUCUGUUCUGCGAACCAUAACAUUCAAGCCACCGAUGUUCUUACUACAUGCAAGUCUUGGUUGCCGCCGUAUAUGCGUCCCGGCGAGAUUGUCUUUCUUCCCGGGGGCGUUCCACGCCUACCUUCAGGGAAAGUCGAUCGGAAGGCUCUUGAGCGUGACUUUCGGGCUUCUCACAGGUCAGUCCCUGACGAUGACUUUGCGAACGACAUGGAGCGCGAUGUGGCCAGAGUUCUACAAGACGAAGUGGGCCGCACCGUCGACAGGUCAACGUCCCUCUGGGCUCUAGGAUUGGACUCCCUUCGAGCUAUCAAGGUUGCUUCGAAACUGGGGCAAAAAUACACGCGGAUAAAUGCUGCAAUGAUCAUAGAUGCGGGGAAUGUGGCGGAACUCUCAGGACUCAUCGCAAAGUCCGUGUCUGUACAGAAUUCGAGUGCAGCUGAAUCGACGAGUGAAAUGUCAGACGAAUGGCUCGCAAUUGAAGGAUCUCUACGCCAACUGCCCGAGUUCGCGGGCCUCUCGCCAACGUGGGAAAAUAUCCUACCUUGCAGCAGCAUUCAGAUAGCGAUGCUCGCGGAGAGUGCGAGAAUUUCCUCUUUGAACUUCAACGACAUCUGGCUUAAGCUGGCACCCGAGGUGAGUUUUGAUGACUUUAGUCGAGCCUUUGGUAUCCUAGCCGAACGAAACGACAUUUUGCGAUCAGGAUUCAUCACCACUGGGCACCCAGGCAUGCCCUUCGCUCGCAUUGUUUGGCCAAGGAUACCUGCUGGUGACUUGAGUCUGCUCCGUCCGUUACAGUUCAAGGCGCCAGAGACUCAAGAAAACGGACCAGUCCUGAUUCGACUACAUCAUGCCUUAUACGACGGUUGGUCCUGGGAUCUAGUUAUGGACGAUCUGAACACCAUCUUGUCCGGAGGGGGCAUCCCAGAGAGGACCCAGUUCUCCGAAUACGGCUCAUAUGAGCGUUCGGUAUUCCUGGCUGAAAGGGCCGAUAACAGCGAGCACUGGCGUGACCAGUUUGAAGAUUUCGUCCCUACGGAUUUUCCAGCUUUGUGUUCAACUGAAUCCCAAUCCCCAUUUAAGGACUCCUUUCUCAUGCCGAUGUCUAUAUCUUACCACCGGCUUUCCGAACUUGCAAAGAUGAUGCAUUGUAGUCGGGAGACGAUCUUUGAAGCGGCAUGGUCACUCCUGUUAUCAUCCUACGUCGACAGCCUCGAUGUUGCCUUUGGCGUUGUCUUCGCCGGACGUCACCUUCCUUUUCCCGGAAUCGAAUCAGUUAUUGGACCAUGUUUGUCUACUCUUCCCUUACGUGUAGACCUGAGUUCUUUGAGAACUGUGCGGGAUCUUAUCAGUUACGUACAAAGACAACGCACACGAUGCUUGAAAUACGGGAAUAUCACACUGCGAGAUAUCAAUCAUGCGGCAGGCAUAGCAACGGGGAAAAGACUGUUCGAUUCCUUGUGCGUCUGGCAGCAGAACACGGAGAGUCACGACCACAGCCGCUCCAAGGUGGUCACUACUAAAACUGAUGAUUCCUUGGAUUAUGCAAUUAUAUUAGAAUUCGAGCCUCACGAUGGCAAGAUCAUUUUGAAACUCACGUUCGACACGAACCUCAUACCUGACGCGCACGCAAGGCUUCUGGCUGCCCAGCUGGAUACUAUCUCAACGGAGAUGCUGGAAAAGCUUGAGCUGAGUUUGCACUCCUUGCUAGAAAGCUCAAGCACUGAAAUCCUCUCGGUCUCCAACCCUCGACCUGAAAAAUUCAGUGAAGGAUUCGGCCUUACAACGACAAUUUCAGACCUGGCAAAGGUCCAUCCAGAAAGAGUGGCAGUUGAGUUUGUUCAUGCCUUUGAUCCUGAGACAGGUCGGAUCGAAAAGGAGAUUUUAUCAUACGGUGACUUGUUUAAACAGGCUUCGACGGUAGCAUCGGCGCUGCUCACCUCUUAUGGAGUAGGAGCAGAUUACAUUGUGGCUUUCGUUGCGUCCAGAUCAACUGAGCUCUAUAUUGGUAUCCUUGGUGCCAUCAUGGCUGGCGCUGGAUAUCUAUGCAUUGAUCCACGGACUCCUGUAGAAAGAGUUCGACACAUCCUCGAUGAGUCCGCUUGCUGUGUCAUCUUGGCUGGGCAGGAUGCGGAUUUUGAUAUACAAGUGGGUGCCAAAGCCACCGUGUCUAUCGCCGAGCUCCUGCAGCAACCUCCUGUCUCCGGCAUCCAGAGCUCGCCUGACCUGAGAGGCGACCAACUGGCCUAUGCUGUCUUCACAUCUGGCAGCACGGGCGUCCCGAAGGGCGUGCUCAUCAGUCGUAAGAACCUGCUCGCCAAUAUGGAGAGUUUGUCUCGGCUAUACCCAUACGUACCUGACAAGGACCGGCUAUUGCAAGCAUGCUCUCCAGCAUUUGACGUUUCGGUCUUUGAGAUCUUUUGGACGUGGCAUAUGGGAAUGACCUUGUGCACCGCAUCGAACGAUGUUCUUUUCAAAGACAUCGAGCGCAUCAUUCACGAGUUGGGUAUCACACAUCUCAGCAUGACACCCUCUGUGGCGGCACUUGUCCAUCCUGAUCGUGUUCCGCAUGUAAAAAUGCUGGUCACUGCCGGGGAACCGAUGAAUUCGAGAGUUUUCGCGGAUUGGGCAGACCGUGGUCUGUUCCAAGGGUACGGUCCAAGCGAGACCACCAACAUAUGCAAUGUUCGGCCCAACGUCACGAGGCUGAAUGCCUCCAACAACGUGGGUCCUGCACUCCCCAAUACAUCUAUUUUCGUAUGCAGGAGGCAAGAACCAUUGUCCAUGGAUCAGACCGAAGCCCCUAGAGCUGCUACUUUUAUCCCCGUUCCAAAAGGCGGAGUGGGUGAGGUCUGGAUAGGCGGCGAGCAGGUCGGCCGCGGUUACAUUGACCCAGCGCUCACUGAGAAGACGUUCCUCCACCAUCCUAAGUAUGGUCGUUUAUAUCGCUCUGGUGAUAUCGGAAGGCUUCUUGCCGACGACUCUCUGGCCAUCUUGGGCAGAGAGGACGAUCAGGUCAAGCUUAGAGGCCAGCGCAUUGAGCUAGGUGAGAUUAACUCUUCCCUAGUCAAGUGCGAGGAAGUAGAAGAUGUGAUAUCCAUGAUCAUCAAUGACGGCCAGCAUGCAAGGCUGGUCGCCUUCUGGACUCCACGGCAGUCUGAGGCUUCGUCUCUGUCGAAGGCUACCAGAGAUUUGUUUCAAAAUCUGGCAAGCGUACUUCCGAGCUACAUGAUACCCGAUUCUCUGGUCCGCCUUGACCAGAUUCCGCUGACCAGGCAAGGCAAGAUCGAUCGCAAGGCCCUGUCUGCCGCUUAUCAGAGCCUGGGACCAGAACAUCUCCAGGCAUCGUCGAGGGACGAUGGCUCGUCUGACGAAGCAAAUGAACUGUCUCAACCCGAGAGGCUCAUUGCUGAUGCCAUCUCACACGUACUUGGGGUGCGACCUGAGAUCAUCCGGCGCAAUAGUUCUUUCUAUGCUCUAGGCCUAGACUCAAUCAACGCAAUACGUGUGGCUCAGUCACUUAGAAAAGACUUUCCCUCUGUGGAAAUCUCGACAGUGUUACGGCACUCGUCGAUCGGCCAGCUUCGGGUCGCUCUGGAAGGCGGGAAAAAAGACCACUCCGACGUCCACAUGGAAAAGAAAUUGGAUGACAUCUUUGACGACGAGUGGAAGGCCACGGUAGUGGCUACAUACUCCCGAGCAGGAUUGCUUGUGGAGAGAUUUCUGCCGUGUACGCCCUUGCAAGAAGCAAUGGCCACCAGCUCCAUGGCCUCCCUCUCUCGCGGGUACCAGAAUAUGCUGCGAUUCGCUGUCCGUGGCGAUGUGUUCAAACUACGAGAAGCGUGGCUUCGUGCAGUGUCUAGGCACCAGCUUCUUCGAACCGGCUUUGUCACAACUGAAUCCGCUGAAACGCCACUCGUGCAGGUGGUUUUGAAGAAUUUCCAACUUCCCUGGCUGAACGAUACCGAUACCGAUCACAAUGCCAGCACGCUCGACCUGCCGCUGUUGAUGCUUCCUCCGUGGAAGUUGAGACUAAGCGCACGAGAUGGCCACCGCCACGAACUAACCCUCGAAAUUCACCACUGCCUGUAUGAUGCCGAAGCCAUAUCCGUUCUCUUGACCGAGAUCCAAUGCUCGUAUCUUGGUUUGCCCCUGCCAGCGCCUGUGCCGUUCGAGCACUAUCUGCAUUUCAUGCGGCUAUCUCAGUCCCAUGCCACCGACCAAUUCUGGCGGGAAAAGAUGGCAGGUGUCUCUCCCACCAGGUUAGCCGAGCUCAUCCAACUUGAAGACCGGAUUCCGACUGGCAACACGUCCAGGUCGGUCCGCAAGGCUGCCCUCAGUCUCUCGGAGUUGCAGAAAUGCGCGCGACGAAGCUCUGUCACCGCUCUGGCUCUAUUUCAAACUGCGUGGGGUCGUUUGCUCAUUUCCCUGUUUGGAAGACAAGAUAUCUGCUUCGGAAACGUGUUGAGUGGACGGAAUCUGCCUAUCGAGGGUGUUGAACGGAUCGUCGCUCCAUGUUUCAACUCUAUCCCGAUGAGAGUAAACCUCCCAGCUGACCAGUUCAACCUUGAUUUGAGUCACUAUCUCCAGCAGACGAAUGUGGAGCUGCUCCCGUUCCAAGCUAGCUCUCUUCGCCAGAUCCAACGACAGAAUAGCCCUGAUGGCAAAGCCUUAUUUGACACCUUGGUAUUGUUGCAACAAGGGGAACUGCUGCUAGAUCAGCAGGUCUGGACCCUUCUCGAAGAGUCCGGUGACAUGUCCUUCCCCUUCAUUCUAGAGAUUUUCACACGCAAAGAUUCUGACGCAAUAACAUUCCAACUACAUUCACAGUCGGCGAACGAGGGCUUUUUGGCGCAACUCCUCGAUAGCUUGGAUGCCAUUCUGAUACAUACAACGAGAUUCCCGCAAGCCAGAGCCUCGGACUUUUCAUAUUUCGCUCAUAAGUUGCCUGAUGUGAGGCCAGCGACUGAAAUCGCAUCUCCAGCCGAUUCCGCACUUGAAGCGCACAUCAAUGGGUUCGGAGAUCCGAGCCACGAACUGUCUGGUAUCGAAGGGAUUGUUAGAGACGUGCUGAUGCAACUUAAACCCGAUCUUCCGGGCAAUAUCACCCAAAACACGAGUAUCUUUCGUCUGGGAUACGACAGUAUUAGCGCUGUGCAAAUCGCGGUGAGACUUCGAAGACGGGGAUACAAUAUUUCAAGUGCAGACGUCUUAGAAGCUGUGAGUAUCAAGGAGAUUGCAGCAACAUGCGACCGCAGUAGGGACUCUUCCCGAGCACCAGCACCGUUGGCGUUCGAUCUCGAAGCCUUUGAUCAAAAGCAUCGGCCAUCCAUCUGCCUGAACAACAAGGUUGAUGCCGAACGCGUGCAGGCCGUGCGGCCCUGUACUCCCACACAGUCAGGUAUCCUCUCCCAAUAUAUCCGCUCAGGCCGCCGUCUAUACUUCAACCAGAUGGUCUUCCAGCUAGCAGAAGACGUGAACCUGGAGAGGCUGAGGGAAUCAUGGGUAACUGCCCAGAGCGUCCAUGAGAUGCUACGGACGGGGUUUGUCGAGACUGAUGAUCCCCGAUUUCCAUUCGCGAUGGUUACGUACCGCGCAAACGCAGCUCAGCUACCGUGGGUUGAUCAUACUACUGAUGAAGAUUACCCAGCCGACGACCUGGCCUCUACGGGAAGUCUCACCGAGCUACGUUGGCAGCUGCGCGUCUUCGAGCACGCUUCCCCUCUACCGGCGACACUAGAGCUAUCGAUGCUGCAUGCUCUUUAUGAUGCAACAUCUCUAGACAUCAUCUUGCGGGACGUGGCCUGCAUAUACCGAGGCCUGCAGCCUCCACGGGCAGUAGAUCUCGCACCAGUCAUCUCAAGCAUCAUCGCCUUAAGCAGCGAGGACGGGUCAAGAAACUUUUGGUCCGCCGUCUCCGAUCUCGCUCCUACCCACUUUCCUGACAUGAGGAUCUACGCCAACAACGAUGAGGGCUUCCGCGUAGCCUCCCACCGGUCGGAAUUGUCUCGUGGAGUCGCUGAACAGGCAUGCGCUGAUGUCGGAUCCAGUCUGCAAGCAGUGUGUGCGAGUGCAUGGGCUCUCCUCCUCUCUACAUAUACUGCCCAGGAUCAUGUCACGUUCGGUAUUGUCCUGUCUGGUCGAGAUUUCGACCCAGAAGCCCACAACAUGGCCGCCUUCCCUUGCAUCAAUACCGUCCCGUUUGCCAUCAAAGUCUCUUCAGAGUUGCCUGACCUUCUCCGACGGGCCACGAGACGGUGUGCUGAGGUAAUGAGACAUCAGCACGCUCCGCUGAAUUCCAUCAAGCGCUGGGCAGGGAUUGAAGACGAGCUAUUCGACACCGUCCUCAUUCUGCAGACGUACGACACUGCGCCGGGGUCGAGAAAGCCGUGGACGUGGGUCAAUGAUAAUGCCACAGCAGAGUAUGCCGUCUCCUUGGAAAUCAUUCCUGUUGAGAACUCGCUGAAUUUCCAGCUCACGUUCCGGGACAAUGUUGUCCCCGAAGAGCAAGCCACCCACAUCCUCCGAGAAUUCGAGGCGCUCUUCAAAAGCUUCCUGGGAUAUGCAGGCCACGAUGCUGCAUUGGGAUCUAUGAGGUCCGUCGUACCUGCCACGGACGAGCGUAUCGCUACGGACGCGCGAUAUCUCCAUGAACUGGUCGAAAGAACGGCGACACACCAGCCUCAAAGGGUGGCCCUAGAAUUUGUCACAAGCCUAGAUGGGCCCAGGCCAGCCGCACAGACUUGGACCUAUUCCGUACUUGAUGCGAACGGCAACCGGAUUGCUCGUCUGCUUCAGAGCCGGGGCGCUGAGGUUGGAGGGCUGGUGGCUGUGUGUUUUGACAAGUGUGCCGAAGCCUCGUUCGCCAUCUUGGGUGUCCUCAAGGCCGGAUGUGGCUAUGUUGCCAUCGACCCUGGCGCCCCUAGAGCCAGGAGGGAUUUCAUUCUUCGUGAUGCGAGCUGCAAAAUCGUCCUGACGACCACUGACAAGAGGUCAGACUUCUCCUCAGACACUGUCUUGGUGCUCGCCAUCGAUGAGGAGCGGUGGCUGCAGCUCUCGGCCGACCCUCCUGAGCUUUCCAGACCGGUGGAAGUGAAUGAUACUUGCUACUGUCUCUACACCUCGGGCACGACCGGAACCCCCAAAGGUUGUUUGAUCAGCCAUGACAGUGCCGUUCAAGCAAUGUUGUCGUUCCAACGGAUCUUCCAGGGCCGGUGGUCUGAGACAUCUCGGUGGCUGCAGUUCGCAUCAUUCCACUUCGAUGUCAGUGUCUUGGAGCAAUUUUGGAGCUGGAGCGUGGGCAUCCGUGUCACAUCUGCUCCUCGAGACCUUCUGUUCGAAGACCUUGCAGGUUUUAUCCGCGCCCUAGAAAUCACACACCUGGACCUGACUCCGAGUCUGGCAAGGCUCGUGGCCCCUGAGGAUGUCCCCAGCUUGUGCCAAGGAGUCUUCAUCGUCGGUGGCGAGCAGGUCAGGCAGGACAUCCUGGAGACCUGGGGGGAUACCCACUGCUUGUACAAUUUCUAUGGACCGAGUGAGGUCACCAUUGGCUGCACCGUCCAUCGGCAGGUGCCCAAGAACGCGAAACCAACCAAUAUUGGCCGGCAAUGGGCCAAUGUAGGCUCCUUCGUGUUGGAGCCUACCUCGCAGAGCCCAGUCCUGCGAGGAGCGGUGGGUGAGCUGUGCCUGUCGGGGCCCCUUGUGGGAAAGGGCUAUCUCAACCGUCCUGAGCUCACGGCCGAGAAGUUCGUGACACUGACCGAGUACAAGACAAGGGUGUACCGGACAGGCGAUCUUGUUCGAUUAUUGCACGACGAUAGCUUCGAAUUCCUGGGCCGAAUCGAUGACCAAGUCAAGUUACGUGGACAACGACUGGAGAUCGGGGAAAUUAAUCACGUUGCACUGAGCGUUGCAUCCAGCCUCAGAGAUGUGGUCACGAUGGUGAUCAAGCAUCCGACCCAGCAGAAGGACCAGCUUGUGACGUUCUUCUCCACCGAGCAAAGGAAAGCAAAGAAGGAGAGACCGUCGAUUGUGUCCAGCCACAAGGCUCGAGAGCUUUCUGGGCAAAUACAGCAGACGUGCGCGAACAGAUUACCGGCGUACAUGGUGCCCACCUACCUCGUAGGUGUUUCAUCCAUUCCGCUGUCGGUGAAUAACAAAGUCGAUCACAAAGCUCUGAAAGCACUUUUCGACAGUUAUGCGCGAGAGUCUGGGCAGCUGGCCUCGGGGGAGAAGGCGCAAGAGAAUGGGAAUGCGGAAGUCCCGAGAGAAGUGAGAGAGGUGACAAAGCUGCUCGCCUCUUUCUUACAGAUCUCUGCAUCCUCUAUCACGCCCGAUUCAAGGCUCUUUGAGCUGGGGUUGGACUCAAUCUCCGCCAUUGGGCUAUCCCGAGCAUUCCAGACCCAUGGCUUCAGCACGUCCGAUGUGGCCACGAUCCUCCGGCAUCCUGUGGUCGGCGAUCUGGCACGAGCCGUCAACCGACGAACCUCAAGUGAUCAUAUCCAGCUGCUGGCCGCUGCUCGAGACCACAUCAAAUCGUUUGCCGCGGCUCAUUCUCAAGCAAUCAUUCAAGCUCUGGAUGUCGCCGAAAAGGACGUUGAGCACAUAGCUCCAUGCGCUGCAUUACAAGAAGGGAUGGUUUCGAAGGCCCUCCGAAGUGAGCCUGGCGACGCGGUUUAUUUCUCACGCUUCCGAUUCAAACUCAAUCCGGGCCUCGACCUUGAACGAUUCAGAGAAGCCUGGGAGUAUACGCAGCGAUCCGUUUCAACCCUAAGAACGUACUUUGUGCCUACGACGGAUGGAGUCGCCCAGGUGGUCCUUCGGAAAGGUCCAAGCGGCGUACGCCGGUUGCCUCCUUCCCCGACUUGUUCCUCAUUCAAAGAAUGGGUUGAAUCUGUCCGAUCUCUGUCCAAAGCACUGCCUUGGAAGGUCGAGCUGCUCGAAGCGGGAGAUGAAAGAUGCAUGGUUCUCGAUAUUUUCCAUGGACUUUAUGACGGAGCCAGCUUGCCACUGCUCCUUCAUGUGGUUGCCAGACUGUAUGAACAUCCUCGGGAAGCCAUCGGAGUCGGCAUACAAUUCUAUGAGAUCCUACCCUAUGGACCCCUUCGCUUUGUUCCUGACGAGAAGCACUUCUGGUCGUCCAGGCUCGGCAGCUUGCAGCCUUUUCGACUGCCGUUGACUUGCCCCGACAGCCAAAGCGAAACGAAACAUAUCUACCUCAGCCGCAAUAUAUCGCAAGCGAGACUACCAGCAGUGUGUAGACAGCUCAACGUGACUCCCUCGGCCUACUUCCAGGCCAUCUUGCUAUAUGUGUUGCAAAAGAUGUACAAGGCCAGCCCGGUGAUUGGAGUGGUCGUAUCAGGCCGCGCGCUGACCGAGGCGGACGCCGCCAAUGUCAUCGGUCCGAUGUUCAACACUCUCCCCUUUGGCAUCAAUCAUCUGAAAAAAGGCUCGACUGUGGCAGAGCUCAUCCAGGCUUGCCACCAAUUCAACGUGGAUGCCGUUCCCUAUCAGCACUCGCCCUUACGGAAAGUGGCUCAAUAUCUUGGACAAACCACCACUUUGGAGUGGUUCGAUACCCUGUUCGUCUUUCAAAAGCCGCGGCCCGCUGCGGGACAAGAUCGCCUGUGGCAUGAAAUUCCUUCCCAGAGCACUCCAGACUACCCGCUCAAUGUGGAAGUGGAGCAGGAGAAUGAGAAUGGCACGUUCGCCGUCAGUCUGGUGGCCAAGUCUGCAUAUCUCAGUGAGGAAGUUGCUGGAGUGUUGCUCGAUAUGUACCUCGAUACUGUACAAAACGUGGAAGAAAUACAAUCAGUGCUGCCCGAGGUAUUCUGCCAGGCAGCACCGGGACUUGCGGCCAACAAGCGCCAGGAGCCUCUGGAUGUCCAUAUUCGUUCAAGCGAUCGAGAUGCACUGGAUGGAGACCAGGAUGACACGCAAUGGAGUGAAACAGAACGCUCCGUUCGAACUCAGGUCGCCGAGCUGGCUGCGGUAAGCGAAAAGAGCAUCCGACUACAUGGACCAACUCUGUUUGAACUGGGUCUUGACAGCAUUGAAGCCAUGAAACUUGCGGCCCGUCUCAAGAAUGUCGGAUUGAAAGUGCCCGUCAGUGCAAUCAUGAGAUCUCCCACUGUGGCAGGCAUUGCCAGGGAGGCCCGAAGCGCUGCGCAAGAUCUCAACAAAGAAAGCCUCGACGACCAAACCACGAUUUCCGUGUCUGGGACGCAAGCCACUUACAGGCAGAUUCUGCAAAGCCAGGGGGUCGACCUUGACAGGGUGGAAGCAGUCUUACCUGUCACUCCGAUGCAGGAGGGCUUGCUCCUUGAGUCCGAAAAGUACCUCAACAUCUUGGUCUAUCAGCUGAAACCCAAGAUCGACGCCGGGCGGCUGACCGAGGCGUGGAAACACGUCUCUCGGGUAGAGCCCAUUUUGAGGACUCGUUUUGCAGCCAUUGAAGCCGUCGAGCUACACGCAGCUUUCGUCCAGUACGUCUCGACACGCGAUGACUUGGUAGAGGUCGUCCAUGGCCGGGCGUUGACAGAGCUUCUUCAGACCAUGAAAGCAGAUGCCGAGCAAAAGAGUCGAGUCUGUAUCCUCACCGAUCACGAAGGGAAGUCCUUCUUAUUGCUUGCAAUGCCACAUGCACUAUACGAUGCGUGGUCGCUACAGUUGCUCCAUGAGCAGGUUGCGAGACUGUACCACGGGUCUAAUGGCGAGGACACGCACACAUCUUCCACGCUGGUUCGGGUCGAGAGGCACCUGCAAGAGGUCGUCUCCCAAGCACAAAGCCGUGGGUCGGUGGAGUUUUGGCGCCGCCAAUUGUCACAUAUCAAACCGAGCCUGUUAAGGGCCACUCUCUCGUACCAAGAGCAGUCCACACCAAGCCUCCUCCUCCACGCGCAUUCUUCCAAGACCCGCCCAGUUGAAGCGUUGAUGUUUUGCCAACGAGAAGGAGUGACGCUUCAAUCCCUCGGACUUGCUUGCUGGAGCGCAAUCCUCGCACACUACCUCCGCCAGACGGAUGUUUGUUUUGGUCUCGUCCUCUCUGGUCGCACAACUGAAGGCUCAGAUGGUCUUAUUUUCCCGACCUUCAACACCGUAGUGUUCCGGCCCACGAUCCGCGAACAGUCGACCAAGAGCGAGGUACUCAAGAACGUGCACGACGCGGCUGUUCGAGUGUCAGAAUACCAGCAGUAUCCACUGCGGGAGGCUCUUCGUGGCGCCAGAGACCAAGGAGCCGGUGCAGAGCUGUUCGACACUCUCUUCACCUUCCAGAAGUUGCCAGGCCCAGCGGAGGGCACAAUGAGCCUCUCCGACGAGGUCGAACUCGGCGGCAUCGAGGUACAGCCACCAUAUCCGGUCAACGUCGAAUUGGAGUGUCAGAACCAAGCUCUGGUUUGGACCGUGGCUGUACAGGCAGGGGUUGCCGACAGGUCAUUCGGAGAGGAUUUGUUGCGGCAGCUUGAAUCAGUCUUGUCCUCUUUCGUGGACACCCCCGAAGAUCCCCUUUUGCAGAUCGACGACAAUGGUGUCUCGAUCUGUGGCUUGCCUCGGAUCCAAAUGGCCGCCCAGAGCAUUCUCACUGGGACGGAUCAUGACCAAGGCUCGGCGGCAAACGAGCUCGAGAGAGAUGGUGCGCCUGAAGCUUGGGGCGCAGUUGAAAUCACCAUCAGAGAUGUACUGGCCGACGUGUCGAGAACAGAUAAAGAUCAGAUCAAGAAGUCCACCGGGUUUUUCCACCUUGGUCUGGACAGUGUAAGCGCAAUCAAGGUCACCGGACUGCUGAAGAAGAAAGGUCUCAGACUUCCCGUCAGCGAGAUCAUCAAGGCGCAGACAAUCGAGAAGAUGGCCGCCGUGGUAGCGGCGCUGAAGAAUAACAAUAACAAUGCAGGCCCAGGCGCUCCUAUAACAACGAACCAGUCCCAUGAGGCCAGAUCUAUGCACCGCGAUGUUAUCGACACAAUCGCGAUCCCCGAGCAGGACGUCGAAGACGUGAUGCGCUGCACUGGCGGCCAGACAUACAUGCUCGACAUGUGGUCUGCAAGCAAGGGUCAUUUGUUCUAUCCCACUUUCUGGUUGCAGGCGAAGGGUGCCACUGCCAGUACACUCCAGCAAGCGUUUGACAAGGCUGUGCAACAGAUUCCCGUCUUCCGCACCACCUUUGUUAAUCUCGAGAGCGACGCCGACGGCCAUGCGGCCGCGUGGCAAGUGGUCUUGAAGAGCGAAGCUGCCCGCCACUACCCCUUGCCAUGGUCAAUGGAAGUCAGGAACCACGGAAACUGGUCGCUGCUCACUCUCCGGCUCCAUCACGCCCUUUACGACGCAGUGAGCUUUCAACUGAUUGUGUCUACCUUACAGAGGCUGUGCGAGGACGUCGGCUCUCAGAUGCAGCUCAAUACACGACUGCAGGAUUUCAUCUUGAGGACAGCCUCAAGGACAGAGGAUGAUGAGGACGAGGACGAGGCGAAACUAUUUUGGACAUCAUUUCUGGAUCCAGAUCAUCGCUCUUACACCACCAUCGGAGCCGGGUCCUUUGAAAGCCCCCGGGUUGAGAGGUUCAACCCCAACGUCCUCCUAACAGCUCAAGUCUAUUCAAAGCUCCGCGAGCACGGGAUCAGCCUGCAAGCACUCUUCUUUGCCGCCUACGCUCGAGUCUACGCUGGUAUGCAACCUUCUGUGGAGGUGGUGGAGGUGGAGGUGGAUGUAGAUGUAGAUACGGGAACGAAUUCACAAGCCCGUGCACAGCCGGACCACCCAUUCAGCCAUGUGGUCUUGGGCAUCUACCUUGCCAACCGCUCGCUUGACAUUGAUGGGCUGACGGAAUUGAUUGCUCCCACUUUCAACGUUGUACCACUCAGGAUCCAACUGGGCAACGAGACCAUUAUCGAGACCGCGCUGCAAGUCCAGCAAGAUCUGGCCGAUAUCACCAAAGCCGAACACUGCGCGGUGGCUAUGAGGGAUGUCCACGCAUGGACAGGAGUCAAGAUUGACACUUUUGUGAAUUUCCUAUCGUUGCCGGACGACAGUGACGACGACAGUGACGACAGUGACGACGGUCACGACGAUAGUCACGAUGAUAGUCACGACGACAGUGACGACCACUUGGUGGAUCAUGCUCACGAUGACAGUCACGACCACUUCGUGGAUGAUGCUCAAUCUGCCAUCGCAACUGCUAGUGGUACUGAGACUCGACCAGUGUCAAUCACACAUGCAGACGUCGGCUCCCGUGACAAGAAGCAGCUGGAACAGCUUGCAGCGCCAUCACCUUUCUUCACUGGUUCCCAGAAGCAAGCAUAUGCGUCCGAAUGGUGUUUGCCCGCAAUCGACAUCGAAGCCAAAGUCGCCGACGGCUAUCUCGGCAUUGGCGUCUUUGCUCCACAAGACAUGCUGACUGCAGCUCAGGCGGACCGAAUCGUGCAUCAGAUGAGAAGGUUGAUGAUGAGUAUUUCUUAG